AUGUAAUAAAAGUAAUUACACAUUCCUGGAAAGAGAUUGAAAUAAUAUGAAAUAGUGAAACUUAUUGGAUCUGGGGGAUAUUGUAAAGUUUAUCAUGUAAUUGUUGAUACAUUUAUUAAAGGCUGUUGAUAUCUAAACAAAUGAGAAUGUUGCAAUAAAAGCUGUAGCUAUUUCAACUUUUAAGAAUCAUGGAGGAUUAGUUGGUUAAUUACAUGAAACAGAAAAAUAAAAUAUGAAAUUAGUUAAUAGUAACUAUGUUAUUAGAUUCAUUGAUGAAUUUCAAUAAAACAAAUAUUCAUACAUUGUAAUGGAGUAUUGUAAUUGUAAUCUUAAUUAAUUUUAUAAUAGAGGGAGAUAUUGAAAAACCAUGGUUGGAACAAAAUAAACAUUUUACUGAAGAAUAAACUAUUAUAUAUGUAAAAUAAAUACUUAGAGGAAUACAAGAUCUUUAGAAAUAUUAAAUAAUGCAUAGAGAUAUUAAAAUGAAGAAUAUUCUUAUGCAUAAUGAUUAAAUCAAAUUAGGAGAUCUAGGGUUUAGUAAGUCUAAACGUAAAUUUAUGCAUUUAGUAUAACAAUGA